AUGUCUCCUUUUUUAAAAUCUGUUGAAGAUAUCAGACGUAACUUAAGAAGUCAAAGAUGGGCUGAUAUUGUAGAUGAUGAGAAUUGUUUCAAUAAUGACAGCAAUGCAAAUUUUACUCAUUAUAAGAGAGAUUUAAACCAAUAUGAGUUACCUGAAUACCUUAAAGAUGAGGAAUCUUUAACUGAAACUGAGGUUUAUGAUUUUUUGCCACCAGUGAGAUCUACAGGUGGCUUUAAGAAGAAGCUGAAGGAUGCUGAUGAGGAGAAUUUAGAUGAGAUUUUGCAGGAGCUUAGUAUUGACCAUUACAUAUCAAUAUCUGAGGCUGUAGACACUAAUGAGAAGUCUAGAAAUAGAGUUUUAAAAGAGAAUACUAACCAAAGAACUGCUAGUUCAAGUUCAGGCUAUACUGGCAGAGCUUUGCAUGAAAUUCAAAAUAGAAAUAAGAAACAAAAGAGAAAAAAGAAUGCUUCGAGACCUCAUUUCUAA